GGUUCACAGCCCAUCUUUACCAUGAGUGCACAGCAGAAUCAACUCAAAGAUCUGACGGAGGAAGACUUCACCUCCUUCACCAGCUCCUACAGCUACACACCUAGUGCCUUGCAGUUCCUGGAGGCCUAUGCUCAUGAGGACGUGACGGUGGCGGAGCUGCAGGGCAGCAGUAACUCUCUGUGGACCAUCAGCCCCCCGAGCAGGCAGUACCUGAGCCAGGUCCUCCGUCUGGACCACUUCCCCCUGACGCUGUCCUGGACUGUUCAAAGGAACCUGAGUCUGGGGGCAAAGGCAGAGCUUGCGUCAGGUAAACAUGUGACCUACCUGGACGAUCAGACUCGCCUCGAGCUGAUCCAGCUGCUGAACGGGACGAGGUCACUUCCUGUGGUCAUACAAGAAGUGUGUCCGUGUUUCAUUCGAGCCGCGAGCGACUCCAACUCCCAACCCAUCGAGCAGCUCUACAAAGACGACCACUACAUGGACAUCUUGCUGGCCCUGGAGCGGUCGACCAAUCAGAGCCGGGAGAUCCAGGACUGGUGGAUUGUCGACCAACCAGGUGCCACUCAGGUUCCUAUUGAAGGCGGAUCCCUGUUGAAUGACAGGAGGGAGGCGGGGCUUCAGCUGUUCGUGUUCAGUGAUAAAGUCAGUCCUCCGAGUCUGGGCUUCCUGGCUGGAUACGGCAUUAUGGGUCUCUAUGCGUCGGUGGUCCUGGUCAUCGGGAAGUUCGUGCGGGAGUUCUUCAGCGGGAUCAGUCACUCCAUCAUGUUUGAGGAGCUGCCGUGUGUCGACCGCAUCCUCAAGCUCUGCACUGACGUCUUCCUGGUGAGAGAGACAGGUGAGCUGGAGUUGGAGGAGGAGCUUUACGCCAAGCUCAUCUUCUUGUAUCGUUCCCCGGAGACUCUGAUCAAAUGGACGCGGCGAUGACCUCAUCGAUGGAAACGGGCCUGAUUGCAAACAUUAGUCAUUGUGACCCAGAGUGACAUCACAAACUGUGACAUCCCGGACCGUCCUCGCGAAUAUGUGGAUGGAACCAUCAGUGAGACAAUACUAUUUAUCAAUCGACACUCAGCUGCUCUCACUUGUCUCUGUAGAGAGAUGUUCUGGUGGUCGUUGCUAUGCUAAGCCAAGAUAUGCUAAGCUAAGCUAAACUAAUUGUAGGCUACCUAAGAAAGGUGUGAGAUUAGCCGGAGAUCAAUAAAGCCUUGAACUGUUCAUGGAGUCACCACAUGACUCCGGAAUCACAAUCACACAGAAUAUUUAGUCAAAGUCGUCUUUGUCUUGUUCUAAUGACACAAAACUGGAAGUAGAUGCAGCACGUCCAGGAACUACGUGUUGUUGGGUUGUGGUUUAUAGUAAAUGAGUUCAGGUCACUGCUUUCUGACUGAAUAUAAUACCUGUAAACUAUAAAUGUUUCUUCUGUGAAUACUUGAAACUAAAAUACAGAAUAAAAUACAUUUGUUUACCUGA